CUUUACUUGGACUCUUUAAUAUUUCCAUUAUAAAGUAGUUUUUAUUAUUAUUAUUAUUAUUAUCCUCUGUUGUUUACUUGAAAGAAGCCUUCAAAACAUAUAUAUAUAUAUACUCAAGCAUUCUUUAUACCAUUGUCUCAUGGACAUAGAAAAGGAAAAUACGGACGCUGCUUUAGAACAUACUAUGGAAGUACCUGCUGGCAAUGAUACUCCUACUCGACAUAGCUCAAAACUCUCUUUAGGUUCUUCUCCAUCGGUACUCAGUGGAGACGACGACGAAGACGAUGAUCAAAUAGGUAUUGGUGGUGACGACGACCCUCUGUCCUCUACUGAUCACCUCCUAGACGAUGACGACGAUGAUGUAGAUGGUCUAUUUGGAACUACGUACAAUGGUCAAGACGCGCUCACUCCUACUGACAAGAUCUUGGAAGAAGAAGAAGAAGAAGAAGAACAAGAUGCAAAUAAUGUUGACCUUGGUGAUAGUAUCGAUAACCAUGACAAAAACAACAAAAGUAGCAAAAACAACAAAAAAACGAAUAGCAACAAUAAUAACUCUAUGGAUGAACAAAAUGACGAUGAUCUAUUCAAAGGAUCCUUACCUCUGUCUACCAGUGAUCAUGACGAUAUCACUAUGGAUCAAGAUUCUGCUUCUCCUUUAUCGUCUGUACCCGAUGAUUUUCCACUGUCAAGAUCAGUUUCGCCAGAACUUGGUGAUGAUGACCAGGAUCCUAUAUUAUUAUUAUCAACAGCAGCAGCAGUAGCAUCACCGUCAACUACAACAUCAGCUCCAGUACAAACAGCAUCACAUUCUCCAGCACAGUCACAGCCAACAAGAUCAACAACAAACAUCACAUCAUUAUCAUCAUCACUUGUAGAGGAUCUACCAAGGAAACGGAAAAAUUCAGUGGACGAUGACUCUUCCAAAUCUCAAUCUGGCAACAAUACAAAAAAGCACCGAACUGGUAAAUUUGGUGACUCAAAUGGCAAUCAAGGAGAAGAAGAUGAAGAAGAUGACGACGAUGAUGAAGAAGAAGAAGAACAAGACGAGUCGGAUGGAGAUCAUCUAUCUGAUAGUAACACCGCAUCAACGGAGGAAAUAGACAGCAUGGUUGUGGAAAAUAAUAAUAAUGACAAUGAUAAGAAUGAUAGUAGUAACGGUGAAAAUGACAACAAACAUAUUUUACAAGGAAUCAAGUCAAGGCGUUUAUCAAUGGCAGGACGGGAUAUCUACAGUCGAUCAACCAGAGAUCCAAUGGAUGGUGAUGAUAUUGCAGAAGAAGAGGGUGAAGAUGAUGAUGAUGAUGAUCAUAUGGAAGAUGAUGAAGAACGAGAAGACAGUAUGGCAGAUACCAGCAACAAUAGUACAACACCAUUGAAGCCAAUCAAAAACAACAAAAAUAAUAAAGCGAAAACAUCAUCACAUCAAGAAAAGGCAUCUCCUCAAUUACAGCAGCAACAAGAUCAACAGAUAGUGGAUGAACAUGACAAGUUACCGCAGGAUACGGACGAAAAUGAUGAGAAAGAAAAUACUCCAACAUCAACUACAAUUACUUCAACUCAUGAUUCCAACGAUACAAGUAGAACUAUCAACUCCAAUCUAGUGGAAGAGUCGGAAAAACUAACGACAGGCGAAGAAGAUCGUGACAAUUACCAAACACAUAGAGAAGCUUUGGAAGCUCUGACACAUAUUGAAGUGGAAUUUGCCAGAUUACGUGAUAAAAUGUAUCAAGAGAAAAUGGAGGAACUUAAUGAAGAAGCGAUUAUGAUUGCUAAUGGUACUCAUCCUGAAUUGGUGACUCUCAUGACGGAAAUCGAAGAGAAAAAGGAACGGCGAAUCAGCACAGCGGAAGCAUGGAGAAAAUAUCAACAUGCCAAUUUUAAACAACAAUUCGAAGGAUUUGAAUAUCAAGCCAAUGUACAUUUUAUUUCAAGCAAAACUGCCAUUCGAAGGGAUUUAUUGACAACAGUGAAUGGAAAACACUGGCGUUUAGAAGAUGAACAAAGCAAACUCAACGAUCCAUUACAAAAGCCUGGUAAACUGAUACCUGAUGUACACAAAUUACGAUUACAAAAACAAAUUCGACGGGAAGAAACAUUGGAAUUACAGGAUAUCAAGGACGCAAUUGGAUUUCCAAGAGCACCACAAGCAGCAGGAUUAACAUCACAAAAUAUUCGAGAUGAUUUGCUACUACUUGGAUUGGGAACAUCUGGAUCUCAUUGA